AUGGCCGGUAUCGAGCAGCUCGAGAUUCACUCCAAGUCGUACAUUGUCCGAUGGGUCAAAGUAGACGAGGGCCACACAAUUUCAUGGAGUGUCCAACCGCACAAAAAGUCCAUCAACUUCGGGAUCGUCAAGCAUCCCGGCAGCGGCACCACCGACCUUACCGUCAACCAGUCCGAAGAAGCGACCGACGCCCUAGAUGGCACAUCCGAGAGCGGCAAGAAAGGCGUCUUCGCAAAGAAGGACUCGAGCAACGCCCAGGAACAGUUGAUAAAGAAGGGGUUCAAGGUCGUCCACUGGCAUGGGAAAUGCGAGGCCGACAAGGUAUCCACGGGCACCUGGGACGUGUACCACGAUCACGGUGGCAUGUAUGGCCUCAUUUUCGACAAUACCUUCUCGAAACAAACCUCCAAGACCGCCACAUUUGUGCUUCUGACGUACCCCACCGGUGCCCCUCCGCAGACUGCGCGUAACUUGCCCAACCUGCAGGCUGGUAACAGUGCGAGCGCCAGCAGGACGAGCCUGGGAAACAAGGGGGGCCCAAGUCCGAGCCUGAGGCCUAGCGCGGGCGAGUCGGUGGACAGUCUUCAUAGCCAGAAGACAAGGGGCCGGGCCACCUCCAACGCGCGAAGCGAGGCCGGCAUGUCGAUGACCUCUGGAAAUUAUCACACCGGUGCUCUACUGAAGAGGAGGCGCAAGAAGGGCCAGGGCUACGCGAGAAGAUUCUUUUCCCUCGACUAUGCGACCUGCACGCUUUCCUACUACCACACUCGGAACUCUUCAGCGCUCAGAGGAGCCAUUCCACUUAGCCUGGCAGCUAUUGCCGCAGAUGAGACGAGGCGGGAGAUUAGCAUUGACUCUGGCGCAGAAAUCUGGCAUCUCAGGGCCUCCAAUGAUCGGGACUUCACAGAAUGGGCGAAAGCACUGGAAAAGUCGAGCCGGAUCGCCCGGGGCUUAGAUCCAUCGUUCCUGGAGCCUGAGCCGGUUAAGAGACAGGUAACACGACGCUCCCUGCUCGCCGCCCCGAACAACCAGGAGGAGGAAGACCGUGAAUGGCAGCAGGUAGAGGCCUUGGUCAGUCGUGUCGUUGGGUCACGCGAUGCGCUCCGACGGCUCGUUAAGGAUAUGGCUGCUCAGAAGCACACACACGGCCCUCGGCCACCGUCGUCCCAUCUCUCUCCUGGGACCCCGACUGUAGCGGAAGAGGGUGACUACUUUACGCCUAUGCCAGAGAGGAAGCCAUUCUGGAAGAGGAAAUCUAGUGCCUCGAUAACGCCGGGCAUGCAACCUUCUGUUUCUUCAGCCUUGGCGGUACCGAGCCCGAACAGUGCCGCAACGGCGGUCGCUCCUAACGGGACGGCCAAAGAAGAGAAGAGGCGGUCGAAACCUUCUAUCCAGGAUGAGAGUACAACGGCAGAGCACUGCAACGCCCUACUCGGAGAUCUCGAUGCCGUCGUGGCAGAGUUCUCUAACUUGCUGUCCAACAGCAAGCGACGCCGGUUGCCGCCAGUGCAAUCUGCCGCAUCUCGUGUCAGCAUGGAGUCUACCACGUCGGAUGAGUUCUUCGACGCUGAAGAGGCUGGAGAUCGGUCGCAACUUCUCGUCAUUGAUCACCAGAGUGAGGAGGAGACGCCAGCCUCAGAAGUGGACGAGGCCGAGGUACAUGAUGCGUCGUCUGUUUCUAGCGUUGAUGGAGACGAGGACGUCGGCGCGGGUCGGUCAGAAAAUCAGGAUGACUGCUUCCCCGGCAAGCCGAAGUCGCUCACACCUCUACCUAUAACGGAUCAGGUUACGCGGCGCAAGACUAUCCCUCCGGCCAAGGUCUUGCCGCCCAGUCUGAUAGCUUUUGUGCGCAAGAACGUCGGCAAGGACCUUUCAACAAUCAGCAUGCCGGUCUCCGCCAACGAGCCCACAUCGCUUCUCCAGCGUGUUGCCGAGCAAUUAGAAUACGCGAAUCUGCUCGACCAGGCAACAAAACAGAUUCAGCCCAACGAGCGCCUUCUCUACGUCACUGCCUUUGCCGUGUCUCAAUUCAGCGGCAGUCGCGGCAAGGAGCGUGCCAUUCGCAAACCUUUCAACCCCUUGCUGGGUGAAACCUUUGAGCUCGUCCGUGGCGAGAACGAAGUGCCCGGUGGGCUAAGACUGGUUGUCGAAAAGGUUACGCACCGUCCCGUCCGCCUGGCGAUGCAGGCCGACUCGGCGCUCUGGUCCUUCGCACAGAGCCCUGCACCCACCCAGAAGUUCUGGGGCAAGUCUGCAGAGAUCACCACCGAGGGCCGCGUGCGCGUCGUGCUGAGGUUGCCGGACGGCACCGAGGAGCGGUACAGCUGGAACAUCGCCACGGUGUUCCUCAGGAACGUCGUCAUGGGCGAGAAGUACGUGGAGCCUGUCGGAAAUGACAUGCACGUCAUUAACGAAGGCACCGGUGCCAAGGCCGUCGUUGAGUUCCGCUCAAAAGGCAUGUUUGGCGGGCGAAGCGAGGACGUACAAGUCGAGACAUAUGACGCUGCCGGUACACAUACCGGCCUGUCACUGGCGGGUACGUGGACGAACUCCCUGAGGAGGGUGGAAGCGGGCAAGGCUGCCGGUGGAGAGAUCUGGCGAGUCGGGAGCCUGGUGAACAACUCAGCCAACACCUACGGCAUGACGACCUUCGCCGCGAGCCUGAACGAGAUCACGCCGCUCGAGAAGGGCAAGCUGCCGCCAACGGACACGAGGCUCAGGCCGGACCAGCGGCUCGCCGAGGAGGGCAAGCUGGACGACGCGGAAUUGUGGAAGGUCAAGCUCGAGGAGGGCCAGAGGUCCCGCAGGAAGGUGCUGGAGGACAAGGGCGUCGAGCACAAGCCCAAGUGGUUCACCAAGGUCGCGACCGUCGGGGAUGGCGAGGAGGUCUGGAGGCUCAAGGGUGGCAAGGACGGGUACUGGGAGGAGAGGGCCAAGGGGCAGUGGGCAGGCGUGGAAAAUAUCUUUGACGUGUGA